AUGGGUGUGAGCUCCUCCCAACGUCUCGGGGUGGUGGCGCUGCCUUAUAAGGCCGCAGAGGCCGAGGGCGGGCGCGGCCGUGUGGGUGGAGAGAAAUCACAACAUCCUGCAGCGGGGGCGGGGCGGGGUGCCCGCAGCGCCGCGCCGGAGGCCGGGGAGCCACUGGGGUGGCCGGCCGCCCCCUUCGGGCCUCUCCCCGCUUCCUAUGGGCGCCUCCCAGCACAGGCCGACUCAAAGGAAAACGACCGGACUGCAGCCCAGAGCGGCUGGCGGUCCCGGGGCCCCGGAUACCCAAUGUGCCCCCCCCCCCGCCCCCUGAUCCCCUGCAAACCCCGGCAAAGCCUCGGCGGCCGCGGGGCCGGCCACACCCCCGCCCGCCGGCCCAAUCAGAGCGCGCAGCUGAGAACAACUGCACAUCCGGCCUCCGGGGCGUGA